AGUUUACAAGACAAGAAUUAUUGUUUUUCAAAAAGUGAUAUAAAAUAUGAACCCAAUUAUUGUGCUCUAAGAUGACGUUGAAAUAACUUGUGAAUAAUUUAAUGAAUCUUUUGUUUGUUUGUGUUUGUUUCUUCUUGUUGUUUUUUUUUUUUUAAUUUUCAUUUCCCUUGACACAUGUGCAUGUGCGUUCGUCAGUUUUCGUUGUGUGUCCUGUAAGCAGUUCAAGGCUUCAGAAUGAAAAUGUCAUUCUCCACUGACAUCUGGAAAUAUGCAUUACUUGUACUGAGUAUACUAAUUUCGCUGAAUGCAGUGGGAAUUAUAUCAAUUGGAGUGCUGGUUUUGGGUGGCGCUGGGACUGCAACAGGUGCUUAUAUUAUUACUUUAAUUGGCUUUUUGGUUUUUGGAGUCGCUGGUGUGGGCUGUUUCACGGCUAUGCGUGAAUCGCAUAUUCUGUCGAUAACGUUUUUGGGCGUGGCAGGUUUAUCUAUUUUUUGUGAGACAGUUUUUAUGAUUGCUUUUGCUGCUAUGAAGAAAGAUUUUAUUGAAAUGACCGGCGAGCGAGUAACGAAGGUAUGGGAACAAGAGCUUAUCAAGCCCGAUUCAAUGUUUGGCGUGCAAAUGCAGUAUCAAUGCUGCGGCAAGGAUAGUCCUCAAGACUAUUUACAAGAUGAUGAUGAUGUUUUGCCACCAAGUUGUUGCAGACUGCAAGACUGUUCCGAUGAUUAUAAUAUUUUUACUAAAGGUUGUCUCACUAGCGCUGUAAAAUUUGUCGAUGAUCAUAGUGAUUAUCUUAUUUUGUGCUUAGUGGCAGGAGUAGCUUUGGAGGCUCUUGGCAUCACGGCAUCAUAUUAUUUUGGAAAAAGUCUAGAAAAUCGUUCUCAAAAGAAUGAUCAAAUUAUCAUAAAUGAAUAAUAAAAACAAUUCUUUUCUUUUUACGC